CCGAAGUCCAGAAGUGGUCAAUGGUUGAUGUACGACCUCGCUGCUGCCCUUGUGGGGCUCGUGUGACUGCUCCUUUUGGCGUUUGGAUGACGAGAUCCCAGCGGGAGCUCAGCCGUAGGAGGUCAUCGGCUCUUCCGUCGUAAGGCUCGAACCUGUCCCACAGGGGGUGUUGUACGUUGAAAUCUCUCGCCAAAACCACUGGGCGACUCGGCUAUGGCCGGCGAAGAGGGUACUCGGCACUUCCUUGCUGCUUGGAGGAUUGUAGAUAGACCACAGUUCAAAGCCACGGCUUCCCUGGCCAAGAUCCAUCUUGGGAAACCACACCCGGCACCAGUUCUCCGACGCUCUAAACUCCCACUGUCCGAUGUCAAACCGCUUGCUGAUUUAUAUCGCUGCCCGGCUCUCGAGUUUCAACACGAGGUGGUAUUUUGCUGCUCCGGGGGCAAUAUGUUGACUUGUCUCUUUGUUGAUCCACGGCUCUUGCACCGCGAGAAGGACUUCCAAAGCCUGCUUGUUACCUUCGGUGUUCCAGAGUAGGAUUUUACACCUCAUCCUCUCGGACGGUGAUAGAGUCCAUCACUGUAUCUUCUCCAUCUAGUGAGGA